AUAUCCUUCAUUCUCUUUGGCUGGCGUCCAUUCGUGGAGUGACAGCUCUUCUACACCACCGUGUUUUGAAGUAACUGCUUGUGAUUAAUCCAUUCGUAGACGGACAUAGAAUUAAAUAUGUUAUUUAACAACAUUUAUGUCUUUCUGGUCAUUUAUAUUUUUGCGGUAUUUGGUAUCGGGAAUGCCAGAAAGUCCACAAACGACGCCUUUCUGACUAAAGUAUCGGCUUGUUGUCAAUCGGCAAUUCUGGCGGUGAAGACACAAAGGAAUCCAAAUUGUAAAGCAAUUGGUCGACGUGCAUCUUCUGGACUUAUUUGUCGUACAUCUGCUGAAUUGUGUUGUGUAAAGCAGUUGCAAGAAUCUUUAUGCAGAAAGGGAAGAUCGGUCGCAAUUAAUGGCGGUUCCUGUGAUUUGGACUCUACGCGUUAUUAUGGUAGAGAAGAUCACCAAGAGUGCUGUUAUUGUUGUUAUCUUGGAAUUGAGGCCAAACGGAAAGGAAUUGGUUGUCAAACUUCCGCGGUUCUUGGUUUCCCUUGUCAAAACGCAUUUUUCAAGAUGUUGUUUAAUGGAUGGAACGGAUUUGAACUAAAUGUGAAUGGUCGUACGUGCAACGAUGUGAAUGAAUGCGCCAGAGGUGUAGUGUGCAAUCAAGGUCAAGCGUGCAGAAACACGUACGGGUCAUACGAGUGCGUUAAAGGCGCACAAGUUGUCACCGUUGCCCCUACUAUCACGUGUCCAAUAGGUCUCGAAGUUGAUCCCGGUAGAAGACAAUGUCGAGUUAUUUGCAGAAAAUGUCGUUCAGGAUUGAGGUGGGACGGUCGACGAUGCACGGAUAUAGACGAGUGUAAUACAGUAAGGAAUGCCUGCCCAAGUGGACAAUCAUGUGAAAAUGUUCAAGGCAGUUAUCGCUGUCGUUGUCCAAGUGGAUAUACACUUCGCAACUCAAGAUGUUAUGAUAUAAAUGAAUGUCAGAGACCUGGUAUUUGUCAAUCAAACGAACGAUGUCGUAAUACAGCUGGAUCAUACAAAUGUGUGACAAAAGUCAAUGAUUGCAGUCGAGGAUAUGAACGGGUUGGGGGGGAAUGCGUAGCAAUCAGGGUAUGUGGAACAUCACGAGAAGAUUGCAGUGAGCAUGCAAGAUGUAGAAACACAGGUCCAGGACGAUACCAGUGUACAUGCAAGCGAGGGUAUAGUGGAAAUGGAAAAAAUUGCCAAGAUAUAGACGAGUGUAAUACAGUAAGGAAUGCCUGCCCAAGUGGACAAUCAUGUGAAAAUGUUCCAGGCAGUUAUCGCUGUCGUUGUCCAAGAGGAUAUACACUUCGCAACUCAAGAUGUUAUGAUAUAGACGAGUGUAAUACACUAAGGAAUGCCUGCCCAAGUGGACAAUCAUGUGAAAAUGUUCCAGGCAGUUAUCGCUGUCGUUGUCCAAGUGGAUAUACACUUCGCAACUCAAGAUGUUAUGAUAUUGAUGAGUGCCGAGAAGGUUUGUGUGCUAGGCAUGAAACAUGUACUAAUCUGCCUGGAACGUAUCGUUGUGAAGACAAAUCGAGGUGUGACCCUGGAUAUCGCCGUCAGAGUGGAGCCUGUGUUGAUGUAAAUGAGUGUUUAGAUUCCAGACGGUGCUCCAGUGAUCAAGUGUGUGUAAAUACAGAAGGAAGCUACGAAUGCAGAGUCCGAUGUUCGUCCGGUUAUGAGCGAGAUCCAUCCACUAAUGAUUGUAGAGACAUCGAUGAGUGUGCGGUUGGUAACCGAUGUGGGCCAAAUAGAGAUUGUCGAAAUCUUCCUGGAACCUUUAGCUGUAUUCGGGGAUGUCAACCUGGAUACGAGAGAAAUAAUGGAAGGUGUGAAGAUAAAGACGAAUGUCUUAUAUAUAAUAUAUGUUCUCCUCCGAGACCUGUAUGUGAAAAUAUACCUGGUAGUUACAGAUGUAAUUAUCGUAAAUGUCCUGAUGGCUUUGAAAGAAGACGAGAUGGACGAUGUCAUGACAUCGAUGAAUGCACUACCGGAAGACACAGAUGCAGAGCCAAAACUGAAAUGUGUGUUAAUGUCAAUGGCACAUACUCGUGCCGCUGCAAUCCCGGCUAUUACAGAAGAGCAGAAGAAGUCCAUUGUCGAGAUAAAGAUGAGUGUUCAGAAGCAAGCCAGUAUUGUCAACACAACUGCGUAAAUACAGAUGGUUCAUUUAGGUGUGAAUGCAGAAGUGGAUAUAAACUCGCGGAUAAUACAAAUUGUUUUGAUGUGAAUGAGUGCAGAGAAGGAAUUUCAGGCUGUGAACAAAGAUGUGUAAAUAGUCAAGGUUCUUACCGUUGCGAAUGUGAAAUAGGAUACAGAUUACAAAGAGAUAAAGUGUCAUGUGUAGAUAUCGACGAAUGCAAACAACCUAGAGAGUAUAAUACUGGCUGUAAAUGGAAAUGUGAAAACACUAUGGGGGGUUACAGAUGUUCAUGUCCCAGUGGAUAUGAAAUCUAUAGUCAGAAAUUCUGUGUGGAUAUUGAUGAAUGCAGCAGUCGUGAUAAUGACUGUGGUCGCGACUCAAACUGUGUGAACACCGCUGGUGGUCAUAAAUGUUUCAGAGCUAUUUGUCCAAAUCAACGUUAUUACGUUAAAAGGUCACCAAGUCAUUGCUCGCGGAAGAUUUGCCGACGUAACGAUAGGGAAUGCCUGCGAGAGACACGAAAAUCAAUCCGUUGGUACGCACAGGCUUUUAGAAAUGGAGCACCAGCUGGUGCCUUUGAUUUCUCCUAUAAUAUUACGACCACAGGUUAUCGAACUAAACCUCGAAUCAAAUUCUCAAUAAGCAGAGGUAAUGAUGGUAAUGUUUUUGAGAUAAUAAAUCACAGUUAUGGCAAAUCGUUUGUUCGAAAUUCAAAAGUUUUAAGAGGGCCAAAGGAUUUCUUUUUGGAGUACCGCGGUGAGGUAAUUUACCAAGGACAAGUUACAGCAACGUUUAUCACCAACCUAAAUGUUUAUGUGUCCCAAUAUGAUUUUUGAUUUUUAAAGACUACAAUAAAAGACUUGCAUAAACCAAAGAUUUGUGGAAAAAAAAUUGUAUAUCUAUUGUUAAAGAUGGGUAAAUGUGUUCUCAUAAAAUUUACGUAGAGUCUACAAAUGCAGCAUAUAUUGUAUACAAAAUGUUGAUGUUUAGUGUAUUAAUAACAAUUAACAAACAUAUUAAAAUAGAUGUUCUUUAAUUGUA